UCUGUGUCGUCAUUUCCUGUCAAAGGAAGAAGACGUCAUCCUACGGACAGGCAAGAGCACAGUCAUGUCGUGGAUUCGAGAGCGGGAACUGUCCUUUAUAGAAAGGCUCACUGCCAACAUCCUGAAGGCAGGGCCUAUGCCCAGACAUGUGGCCUUUAUCAUGGACGGAAACCGGCGCUUCGCCCAAAAAGCACACGUGGAGAGGCAGGAGGGACACUCGCAGGGUUUCGAGAAACUGGCAGAGACGCUCCGCUGGUGCCUAAACCUGGGCAUUCACGAGGUGACCGUGUAUGCGUUCAGCAUCGAGAACUUCAAGCGCUCCAAGGAAGAGGUGGAAGGUCUGAUGGAGCUGGCCAGACAGAAGUUCAGCCGUCUGCUAACAGAGCAUGAGAAUCUGGAGAAGCACGGCGUGUGUAUCCGCGUGCUGGGAGAUCUGACUCUGCUGCCUGCAGAUCUGCAGCAGCUUAUUGCCAAAGCUGUGAUGGCCACUAAAGCACACAACAAGUGUUUUCUAAACGUGUGCUUUGCAUAUACCUCAAGAUAUGAAAUCGCAAAUGCAGUCAAGGAAAUGGCAUGGGGAGUAGAGCAGGGCCUGAUAAAAUCCAGUGACGUGUCUGAGGUGCUCCUCAGCGAGUGUCUCUAUAGCAGUAAUUCUCCGAACCCCGAUCUGCUCAUCCGUACAUCUGGAGAAGUGCGUCUCAGCGAUUUCCUCCUGUGGCAGACCUCAUACUCCUGUCUCGUGUUCCAGUCGGUCCUGUGGCCGGAAUAUUCCUUCUGGAAUCUGUGUGAAGCCGUUUUACAGUACCAGCUGAGCUAUCGAUCUCUACAGAAAGCUCGAGAUCUGCACCGAGAAGGCCAAGCGCUCCAGCAGAUGGAAUCGGAUCGCUCCUGCGUGGCUGAGCUCCUGCGGCAUCGUGGGAAUGGAAAGCCCAUGGACGCCCAGAGUCGACAGAAAGAACUGGUGAACUACACGGCCAGCCGAGAGGAGAGGGUUCGCUGCUUUCUCCACGCCCUUCAGCACAAGAGAGACACUUUCUUCAGUGAUUUAAGCAGCCAGGCUGUCGUGGCUUAGCACUGAAAUGUUUUAUUUACUGAUCUGUAAAUGCUUCAAAUCUGGAAGGAUGUUUUUACCCCGUUUUAUGGGGCAGUGGAUAACGUAUGCUUGAUAUUAAUAUAGAGAUUAUCUUAAAUCUUCAAAUAAAUUCAGUUUGAUUGAUUGACCCCGCGGGCUCUUUUUUUGGACCAGAAAUACAAACAUUAAAACCGUUUAAUCUCACGUGAAUUUCAGUCAUUUUCAUUUUCAAGGUAAAAUAAAAAAAUAAUUAUAAUUCAAACUCUGA